AUGGCGUCCAAGUUGACACUUCAAUCUAAGCACCGCCUGCUAUCGGGCUACGACAUUCCGGCUAUUGGAUAUGGAGUGUACAUGAUCAGCCCAUCCUCCACCGAAAAGGCAGCCGCAGAGGCACUCAAAGUGGGAUUCCGCCAUGUCGACUCGGCAAUCAUGUAUCGCAACGAGAAAGGCUGCGGUCGCGCAAUUCAGAACUCCGGACUCAACCGAUCCGAGAUAUUCCUAACGACCAAGAUCCCCCCGGGCUCAAUGGGCUACCAGCAGUCUAAAAAGGCCAUUGACUCUAGCCUACGUGAGGCUGGACAGGAGUACUUCGACCUGAUCCUCAUCCACGCACCGUACGGUGGAAAAGAGGCUCGACUAGGCUCAUGGAAGGCACUCGUCGAAGCUCAGAAGGCCGGUAAGGUGAGAUCCAUCGGUGUCUCCAACUACGGUAUCCACCACCUCGAAGAGCUGGAGGAGUAUAUCCAGAGCGGAGGUGGCGGCGAGAUCUCCGUUGGCCAGUAUGAGUUGCACCCUUGGCUGGAUCACUCCGAUAUCAUUGCAUGGCUUCAAAAGCGGAAUAUUGUCGUGGAGGCUUACUCGCCUCUUGCGCAUGGGGAGCGUCUUGAUGAACCCGUGCUGCAGAGUAUUGGGAAGAAAUAUAACAAGACCCCCGCGCAGGUGAUGAUUCGGUGGAGUUUGCAGAUGGGUCUCCUGCCGCUGCCCAAGUCUGUGACGCCGCAGCGGAUCCGGGAAAACACGGAGGUGUUUGAUUUUGAGCUGUCGGCGGAGGAUAUGAAGUCGCUGGACACUGGGGAGUACAGUCCGACAGACUGGGACCCGACCGUGGACGAUGAUUAG